AUGUCUACUUCAAUGUCUGUCACCAAGUCUUAUACAAAUCGGUUAAAAAGUGAUGUGAAAUGUAUGCUGGAAAAUUUUGAAGGUAUAGUAAAACUAUGCAAGACUGAUGAUGAUCAAACACAAAUUUCUAAAGCUACUCGAAGCGAAUUGAUAGCAUUUGAAAUGGAAGUCAGAGCAGCCAACAUCGUUCGUGCUGGUGAAUCGCUUUUGAAACUAGUUUCAGAUAUGAAACAAUAUCUUAUAUUGAAUGAUUUUCCAUCAGUCAAUGAAGCCAUUGCUCAAAAUUCCAAACUUUUUCGCACCAAACAAGUGGAAUGCGAUCGCAAACUAACAAGUCUAGUUGAUGAUAUGUCAACAGAACUAUAUGAACUCGAAGAAGAAUAUUAUACAUCAAAUUAUAAAUAA